AUGUGUGUGGUGCGGCGAGUUGUUUGUGCAGUUUCCGGAGGUAUCGAUAGUGCGGUUGCAGCGCUUUUACUGAAACGUAGCGGUGUUGAGGUUAUCGGCGUUUAUAUGGUGAAUUGGAACCAUGUGGAAGAAGGAAUCAGUGAUUGUCCGCGAACAAGAGAUGAGGCAGAUGCGAUGAAAAUAUGUAAACGUUUAGGCAUUCAAUUCCAUGUUGUCGAUUUCACACGUCAGUAUUGGAGUGAGGUGUUCCAGGAUUUAUUGGAGAAUUAUCGUAAAGGAUGCACGGUUGUAUCGGAUGUUUUAUGCAAUCGUAUUAUCAAGUUUAAUUAUCUUCAUGAAUUUGCGUUCAAACAAUUGAAUGCCGAUGCUGUGGCGACAGGACAUUUUGCACGAACAAAUCUCGGCAAUUUACUUCAAAAUCGAUCCACAAAAUCAGUAGCACGGUUGUAUACGGCAGUUGAUCCACUCAAAGACCAAACAUAUUUCCUCUCGACGUUAACACAAGAUCAGCUGAAACGAUCAAUUUUCCCGAUUGGUUCAUUAACAAAACCACAAAUCAAACAAAUUGCAAUCGAUGCUCAGCUCAAUGAAGUAAUCAAUAAGCGUGAGUAUAUCGAGCCAACCAAAGGAUUCAUUCGAAAUGUACACAACGGUGAUGUAAUCGCUGAGCAUAAUGGUGUACAUCAUUUUACGCUAGGUAAACGUGUACGACUAUCGCCAAAGCUCAUUCAAACAGCCUUUGGAUUUUUUGUUGCUUCAUUAGAUUAUCAAACACAAACAGUUUGGGUGUGUGAAGGCUCAUUAAAUGCAGCAUUAUUCGCGACCAAAUUCAUCAUUUCUGAACCUCACUGGAUUGCUGAAUCACUGUUAAUGCAUUGUGGUGAAAUUGAAUUUCGAUGUCAAAGGUCGCAUCCGCCAUUCCAGUGCACAGUCACUAGAUUGAAUGACGGAUCUGUACAGGUGACACCGAGAAAUCCAAUAAGAGCUGCUGCAAGUGGACAGAGUUGCGUUUUUUAUCGUAACGACGAAUGCCUCGGAAGUGGACAAAUUGAACGAGUUACUGCAACAUUGGCCGAUUAA